AUGUUACCGUUAUAUUUGUUGACCAAUGCCAAAGGCCAAAGGAUGCUGGUUGAGUUAAAAAAUGGUGAAACUAUAGAAGGCGAGUUGACGAAUGUUGAUAACUGGAUGAAUGUAACGUUAGGGAAUGUGGUGCAUAAGGGAGGGGAACAGGUGUUAGAGCUGCCCGAGAUCUAUGUGCGCGGAUCAGUGAUCAAGUAUAUCAAGCUGCAGGAUGACAUUAUUGAUAAGGUAAAGCAACAGUUGAAUAGCGGCAAGGAUGGGAGUAGUAAUGGGAAUGGGCCGCACCAGAAUAGAGACAGGGAUGGAAACAGGAGAUACAAUAGUAGACGGGAUAACGGCGGAGGGAACAACGGUGGUGGGAGGUUCCAUCAUCAUGACUAUCAGCGGAAGCGCGGGGGAGGUAAUUUUCAGAGAAGGGGCGGUGGGGAUGGGCAAUAUAGUAGUAAUAACGGCGGUCGUCGUGGAGCCAGACAGCAGCCUGGGAAUAAUGGUACUGGAAACACGCAAGGCCAAAGUAGUACCGCUUCUGGUGGGUUUGUGCAGUAUCACCGGCCGAUGCAGGGAGCAUGA